AUGAACUCCCGUUUACGAGCCUUAGGCGGGAGGAUAAAUAACAUACGAGCGUCAGAACUACCAAAAGAGAAAACCCGGUCAGAGAUAAUCUGUAACGUCCACUUUUUGGAUGGCUCUGUACAAAGCUUCAAAGUCAACAAACAAGACACUGGACAGAUCUUGUUGGAUAUGACCUAUAACCAGUUGGGUGUGACGGAGAAGGAAUAUUUUGGUUUACAGCAAAAUGAAACUUCAGUAGAGUCACCUCGAUGGCUUGAACCAAACAAACCUAUUAGGAAACAGUUAAAAGGAGGUUUUCCCUGCACCCUUCAUUUUCGUGUAAGGUUUUUUAUACCUGACCCUAACACACUUCAGCAAGAACAAACCAGGCACUUAUUCUUCCUGCAGUUGAAGACUGAUAUUGUGGAAGGAAGGUUGUCGUGCCCCAUUAAUUCUGCUGUUGUCCUGGCAUCAUAUGCAGUACAAUCGCAACUUGGAGACUAUAAUGCUUCAGUACAUCAUUCAGGAUAUCUGUCAAAUUACAACUUUAUACCAGAGCAGAACAAAGAUUUUCUCACCAAAGUAGAAUCACUACAUGAGCAACACAGUGGCCUCAAGCAAUCUGAAGCAGAGUCUUGCUACAUAAAUAUAGCACGAACACUUGAAUUCUAUGGAGUGGAAUUGCAAAGUGGUAGAGAUCUCCAUAAUCUAGAUCUCAUGAUUGGGAUUGCAUCCGGUGGAAUCGCUGUAUAUAGAAAACUGAUCUGCACAAGCUUCUAUCCCUGGGUGAACAUAUUAAAAAUUUCCUUUAAAAGGAAAAAGUUUUUUAUACAACAACGACAAAAACAUAAUGAAUCCAGAGAGCAUAUUGUUGCCUUCAACAUGUUAAAUUACAGAGCAUGCAAAAAUUUAUGGAAAUCUUGUGUAGAGCAUCACACGUUUUUUCAGGCGAAGAAGUCACUACCUCAUGAAAAAAAGAUACUGUCCCAUUAUUGGACCCUGGGUUCUAGAAAUCCAGCAAAGUCUGUAAACAGCCAGUACUGCAGAAAAGUUAUAGGUGGGAUGGUUUGGAACCCAUCUAUGAGACGAUCUUUAUCUGUUGAGCAUCUAGAGACCAAAAGCCUUCCUUCUCGAUCACCUCCUGUUACCCCUAAUUGGCGGAGUCCUAGACUACGUCAUGAAAUUCGUAAACCACGACACUCGUCUGUAGAUAACCUUACAAAUGAGAUUAGUUACAUUACUGAAACGGAGGAUGUUUUUUAUACAUAUAAGGGCUCUCCAACAUCAAAGGACAGUGAUUCGGAGUUCUCUCAGAACCGUAGCCCACAGAGGAGGAAUGUAUUGGGAAACAGUCCAACGCAGAGUUCUCUGACCCGUAUCUCGCCUAAAGCCUUGGCUCGGUCUCCCAAUGGAGUUGGUAACGUUUCUGUCUCUUACCCAUUGGAAGGGGUGGAUAAACAGUUCUUAGAAACAUAUGAUACCGUGACAAAAAGCAGCUCAACGGAAGAUUCCAGUCAAUACUACUGCGAUAAGAAUGACCUAAUUGAGGGAGAUUUACUUUUGGUGCGUAUCAUACCAGAUGAAGAUGGGAAGUUUGGAUUUAAUCUAAAGGGUGGUGUAGAUCAAAAAAUGCCAUUAGUGGUAUCAAGAAUAACUCCAGGAUCACCUGCUGAUAAAUGCAAUCCAAAACUGAAUGAAGGUGAUCAGAUAGUAUUAAUUAAUGGCCGAGAUAUCUCAGAGCACACGCAUGACCAGGUGGUCAUGUUCAUAAAAGCCAGCAGAGAAUCUCACACGAGAGAGCUUGCACUUUUGGUCAGGCGGAAAGUAGUUAAACAGUUUGUGGACCCUAAAUCAGAAGACGAAGCUGAUUCCCACAAUCUUCCAGAAUCUCUUCUUCCCAUCUGUUCUGAAUAUGGUGGUGAUACACUGGAGGAGUCUAUGGAGCAGCUAAGGAGAGGGCUGGAAAGUGGGACUGUCCUUAUUCAGUUUGAGCAACUUUAUAGAAAGAAACCAGGCCUGGCUGUUACAUGUGCAAAGGUACCUCAGAAUAUGGACAAGAAUAGAUACAAAGAUGUUCUACCUUAUGAUGCCACAAGGAUAAUAUUGCAAGGAGAUGAAGAUUACAUUAAUGCGAAUUACGUGAAUAUGGAAAUUCCUUCUGUGGGCAUUGUGAACAGGUACAUUGCUACUCAGGGGCCUCUUCCACACACAUGUGCACACUUCUGGCAAGUAGUCUGGGAUCACAAAUUGUCACUGAUCAUCAUGUUAACAACUCUCACUGAACGAGGACGGACCAAAUGUCAUCAGUAUUGGCCUGAUCCACCAGAUGUAAUGGAAUAUGGCAGCUUUCGUGUCAGGUGCCACUCUGAAGAUUGUACGAUUGCUUAUGUUGUUAGAGAAAUGGUGAUUACACAUGUUGAGACAGAACAACAACACACCAUCACCCAUCUCCAGUACGUUGCUUGGCCUGAUCAUGGUGUUCCUGAUGAUUCCAUGGACUUUUUGGAGUUUGUGACCUGUAUGAGGCCAAAGAGAGUAGAGAACGAGCCGGUCCUUGUUCACUGCAGCGCUGGAAUCGGUCGCACUGGUGUAUUGGUCACUAUGGAAACAGCUAUGUGCUUAAUUGAAAGAAACCAACCUGUUUAUCCGCUGGAUAUUGUACGAAAAAUGCGAGACCAGCGAGCUAUGAUGGUGCAAACAUCAAGUCAAUACAAAUUCGUCUGUGAAGCUAUUCUUCGUGUUUACAAAGAAGGAUUGGUUCGACCACUGGAUUCCAGUUAGCACAACGGUGAAGGAUGAAUUAUUUUCUUCCCUAAAAAGACUGCUCUUUAAGUAAAGCAAGGGCUUGUUUCUGAAAGCAACUAAAAUGGACUAGAAGCCCGUGAAGAGACACAUGAGCACAUUUGAACUGUGGCACUUUAAAUUUCUCAAGGAGAUUGCUAAAUCAUGUACAGUAUAACAAAGUCAUGUAGAUAAAUAUACAAGAGCAAUUUUGUGUGUAAUAUGCUUUAUUCACAUAGACAACCAUAAACAAUCAUGGAAACUUUAAUACGUAUCUUUUACUGCCUUAAAACACCCUUCACUUUGGAAGUUACAAAGGUACACGUGUUUCCUUUGAACUAGAAAAAAAGAAAUCUUGUAGUAUUGAAAUGAUUCCGCUUAGGAAGUUGUUUAAUAUCUUUGGAUUGUAUGAAAGUUCAUUGAAGGUGAAUGUUUGUAACUUAUUUGGGCACUAAAUGUUCAUGGAAAUGUAACCUUGACUUCUAAAAGGCUGAUGAAGAGCUUUAAAGGCUAAUGCAUAACUACUGUACGUUGAGAGCUGGAGAAAUUAAGUAUUCAGUUACCAUAAAUCUAUUAGUAAGUAUGCCAGCUGUUAUGAUAUGCU